AAGAGCUUCAACUGAGGUCAUCAUCUCCUGAUGCAACAGUACCACAAGAGCCACACCAGCGUGGACUGUCUACCACAGAAACAGGAAAACCAAUUGAGCACAGUCUCAUAAGGCCAGCCAGUCUACUGCCGCCUCUGAGUACCGCAACCCCCCCUGGCGUGGUGACUGCGCGCCAGACCUCAUCUUGCGAUUGCGACAAGCCAACCUCUUCCACAUCGAGCCAUGAUACGAACAUAGCAAACGGCGCGAACGCAACCCAUCACCCCCUCGGAAGAGCGCACCCAACUUGUAGUUGGGUUCGAACACUCUCCCUUUCGCACAUCGCCUUCCGACUCUCCCCACCUUUCCACCGGCAAAACUGGUUUUCCCGUGCAAUGAUACACCAGUAGCAAGGAUGCAGAUCACAAAGGUGGUCAAGGAGUUCGAGAUGGAGCUCGCAGAGUCGCAGAAUCAGCGAGACAAGAGGGUUGAGGAGCUGUGGAGGAAGUUGGAUCCGCAGGGGACGAACGAGCUGGAUCUGAACGGCCUGCAGAAGGGGUUGAGAAGGAUAGACCAUCCUUUGAAAAAUGCCGAUGAUAUGAUGAAGGAAAUCAUACAGAUGGUCGACAGCAACAAUGACGGCAAGAUCCAAUACGAAGAAUUUCGAGUCUUUGUUGAGGCUGCUGAGCGUCAACUGCUUCUCCUCUUCACAUCCAUAGACCGGAACCAUGAUGGCAGGGUUGGGCCUGACGAGCUGGCAGCAGCUUUCCAAAAAGCAGGUCUGUCUGUGCCUAGGCGCAGGUUAGCUGGCUUCUUUGACGAGAUUGACAUGAAUCAUGAUGGAUACAUCAGUUUUGAUGAGUGGCGUGAUUUUCUCUUAUUUAUGCCUAGCACCAACGGCUCUCCAUUAGAGGCAGCGCUCUCAUACUACAGCUCUGUGGUUAUGCUGAAUGCUGAGGGAGAUUCUAUGGUCACAGAAGAAACACUCGAAGGUCUAGGUACGACGGGCUUUCUUCUUCAAGCACUCUUUGGAACAAGAACAACAAUACCAAGGAGGAUAGGAUGGCUGCAGCCUAUUCCUCCUAUCCCCAAGCUGCAGCGGGCAGCAUCUCUGACAGCACCACCAUCCCCACCAGUGCAGUCCAGCAGGCCACUGGCACUGCAGCUGAGGACCUCCAGAUCAUGGACGCAUCAGUACGAUGAGGAUGAAGAAACGAAAACAGGGCUAACACAAUACCUCCCUGAACCAGGUUACUUCCUCGCCGGUGCUCUCGCGGGCGGCGUCUCUCGUACCGCGACCGCGCCCCUUGACCGUAUCAAGGUCGCGCUUCUUGUCGCCACAGGUGCUACGAAUGGCGGAGGUGGAGUCAAGUCCAUUGGUGCCGCCGUCCGUGAACUGUACAAGGCUGGCGGAAUCCGUACCUUCUUCGCUGGCAAUGGGCUGAACGUGCUCAAAAUCAUGCCUGAGACGGCGAUCAAGUUCGGUUCGUACGAGGCGGCAAAGCGCACUCUGGCCACGCUCGAGGGCCACAGCGAUCCCACCAAGAUCAAUCCGUACUCCAAAUUCGUGGCCGGUGGGUUUGCAGGCAUGGCGGCACAGGCAUGCGUCUACCCUGUUGAUACUCUCAAGUUUCGCCUGCAGUGCGAGACUGUCCAGGGCGGCCCCACCGGAAACGCCUUGCUUGUACAGACGGCCCGCAAGAUGGUAGUUGAGGGCGGGUUUCGCUCAGCCUAUCGUGGCCUCACCAUGGGUCUCGUGGGCAUGUUUCCUUACAGCGCCAUCGACAUGGGCACCUUCGAGUUCUUGAAGAAAUCCUAUACGAUCCAGAAGGCGCGCUACUACGGCAUUCACGAGGAAGAUGCAGCCCCAGGUAACCUGAUUACUGGUUUCAUUGGUGCCUGCUCGGGCGCCUUUGGUGCCACUGCUGUGUACCCGAUCAACGUGUUGCGCACCCGUCUCCAGACUCAGGGCACCCGCAUGCAUCCGCCAACCUACACCGGCAUUUGGGAUGUGACAUGCAAGACCUGGAAGAAUGAGGGCUUCCGCGGCAUGUACAAGGGUCUGACACCCAAUCUGCUCAAGGUCGCCCCGGCGCUGAGCAUCACCUGGGUCGUCUACGAGAGCUCGAAGCGGACCAUGGGCCUGCACUGAACGCAGAUCUAGGAUCAAACGCAGCUGAGAGAAUCUAGCCACACUCGACCAAUUGACCUCGGGCCUCCUGUACUGUUUACGAGAGAAGCCUGACAGCUUUACUGAUGCGAGCUGUCGGGAAAGAAGACUUUCAGUGGUCAGUGGUCAUCAGACAUCACAUAAAGGGGGGGGGGGGGAGCUGGCAAAACAGCCAGCAUGGAAUACAAACAAAGAAGAGAAGAAAAACACAAAACCAAAAACGACUGCAUCUGCACAUGGCGUUUGGUGGAAACAAGCUAGGUGAGCCUUUGAUUGAAUUUGGAUUCGUUUUACUGGGUCAAAAUAGCCAAAGGCGUUGGAGACACGCGUGGAGAGGGCAAGUGACACACACAAUGAUAAAGGAGGGAAGAUGAUGAUACCAGAGAAGACCGAGAUACAGCAGACACAUGAUUGUUGGAGAGAGCGGUUUUCACACAAUAUACUCGAUAGAGAGUGAAAUGGAUGGGUCGGAGGCCAUCGUGGUCAAAGACGUUCAUGUAGUCCACAGCCCGAUGCAUAUCGACAUUAAGCAAUGCUCAUACGAUAACCAC